AUGGAUAGCAAUCUUCUAUUUGAAGGAAAGGUUGUAGUAUUCGGUGGUGACUUUCGUCAAGUGUUACCUGUUGUGCCAAAGAGCACAAGAAAUGAAUGCAUUAAUGUUACGCUUGUUAUGUCUUACAUUUGGCAUUCAUUAGAAAAGAUCAAAUUGACAGAAAAUAUGCGAGCUAAGCAUGAUCCGGUAUUUAGUAAUUUUUUGCUUUCUGUAGGAAAUGGUACAAAACAACAGAUAUCUUCUGAAAGAAUCAGAAUCCCUAAAGUAAUUCUUUUUCCUUACAAUAAAAACACUGAUCCACUUCAAGAGCUUAUCACUUUUGUCUUCCCAAAUUUCAAUGAUUAUAAUGAAGAUCCACUUUCAAUGAUGAAUCGAACUAUCUUGACUCCAAAAAAUGACAAUGUAGAUCACAUCAAUGAAAUAUUGAUGGAAGAAUUCCCUAGAGAUGAACACAUGUAUAACAGCAUUGAUGAGACUGUUGAUAAAAGUCAGCAAAGCCAAUAUGAAGAUUUUAUGAACUCUUUAUCUGCUCUAGGAUUACCACCGCACAAAUUUUUGCUUAAAGAAAAUUGCCCCAUUGUUAUGCUUCGCAACAUAAAUCCUUCCAAGGGAUUAUGUAAUGGAACAAGACUCAUUUGUCGUAAAUUUGAAAAACAUGUUAUUCUCGCUCAAAUUGCUAUUGGUGAUCAAAAAGGAGAUCUCAUAUUUUUACCUCGAAUACCUUUGCAACCAUUAGAUAAAAAAUUGUGUCUAGUUGAUUUUACCAGAUGUCAAUUCCCAAUCAGGCUAUGUUUUGCAAUGACAAUUAAUAAAGCUCAAGGUCAAACUCUAGAUACUGUUGGCAUCUAUUUACCACAACCAGUUUUCUUACAUGGCUAA